GUUUGACUUCGAUCGGCCAGCUGGCAGCAGACUUUGUGAAAAAGAAAAAAAAGUAAACUAAGAUAGUAUUGUGACUAAUGGUCAUUGUCUACAUUAAACCAUCAACAAGACAUAUUGUAGAUUUCAAGUUGUACAGAUGUAGGAGGUAAACAAGAUGAAGUCCAGCUGUUGGCUGGCUAAAGCAAUCCUGUAUAUUUUAACAGUACUGAAGACAUCUUACUCGACAUCCCUGCCCCCAGUAGAAGAAGCAGUAUGUAGUCCUAACCCCUGUGAGCAUGGCCUGUGUACACCUUUACGUGGGAACAAGUUUUACUGUACAUGCUUAUCAGGAUAUGGAGGCAGUCAAUGUGACAUUCUUUUCCACGCAUGUGUAACACAUCCCUGUCUGAACGGGGCCACAUGCCAGGUGACUGCGGCGGGGUACAUGUGUAAAUGUGCUGAUGGGUUUGUGGGAAGGCAGUGUGAACAGGAGCUGGACGAGUGUGUUAGUUUUCCCUGUCAACAUGGUGGAACCUGUAAUGAUGGACCGGGGGCAUACAGCUGUCAGUGUCCAGUAGGGUACACAGGGGAGACUUGUCAGACUGACAUAGACAACUGUAAGUCUGAGCCGUGUCUGUUUGGAGGGACCUGUCAGGACCACAGGAAUGACUUCCAUUGUGUCUGUCCUCCGGGUAGAGCUGGUGCUGCGUGUGAAAGGGAACAACUCUGCCUAGAUGACCCCUGUAGGAACCAUGGUGUGUGUAUUCCCACUGGUCAGGCCAACUUGUGUCACUGUUUGACAGGUUUUACAGGUGACCGGUGCCAGACCAAUAUCAAUGAGUGCUCGCUGACCACAUCACCAUGUAGUGGUCAUGGUACCUGUGUGGAUGGAGUAGAUGGCUUCACUUGCAUUUGUUCAGACCAUUUCACUGGGCUUACCUGUGAGUCUGAGGUCAACCCAUGUGACCUUUCUCCCUGUCAAAAUGGAGGACAGUGUUGCCAUAGAAACAAGCUGUUUUGCCCUGUAGGUCUGGGUCUUGGGGAGUACCAGUGCUACUGUGAUUCCACUGGAGGUUAUAGUGGACGUCACUGUGAGGUGUCCAACCCCUGUUACAGUCAGCCAUGUCAGAACGGCGGCCUAUGUUCUAUGUCAGAUGGAGACAUCCAUUGUACAUGUCCACUGACCUUUACCGGUCAGCAUUGUGAUAUACCUCUGCCCUGUGCUAGCCAGCCGUGUGUUAACGGAGCCAGCUGUGUGGGGACAGGAACAACCUACACCUGUGACUGUGACCCUGGUCACACGGGAACUUACUGCGAGUUCAACAUCCCAUGUCAUUCCAAUCCUUGCAAUAAUGGGACUUGUGUGGUUAUUGCAGGUGAAGAAGUGUGCGAUUGUCCUUCUAAUACCACUGGUCAGUUUUGUGAGUUUGACCAUCCCUGCACAAGUCAACCAUGUCAAAAUGAUGGCAUUUGUAAACAGGUGUCAGGCCUAGAUUUCAAUUGUACUUGUACAGUGGGUUUUACAGGAACAUUGUGUGAAUCUAGACUUCCCUGCUCUGAUUUUCCUUGUGACAAUGGUGGGACUUGCAUUUCAAAUGGAUCAACAACAGUAUAUGUUUGCAGUUGUCCUAAGGAAUUUACUGGUAAAAAUUGUCAAAAUGAAAUCCAAUUCCCUUGCCAACCUUCGCCCUGUCUAAAUAAUGCUACAUGUAUAGACACAUCAAACAACUCUUUUGUAUGCAACUGCCUGCCAGAAUUUGAAGGCAAAAAUUGUGAAAUUUUCUUAAAAUGCUCCAAACAUCCUUGUCAAAAUAAUGCCACAUGUGUGAAUCUUCCAAACAGUACAUAUUCCUGCAUUUGUCCUGAAAGUGUAACAGGACCAAAUUGUGAGACAGUGCUCCCCUGUUUAAGUCAGCCCUGUAAAAAUGGCGCGACUUGUGUUAAUUCUAUUAUUAACAAAUCAGCAUUUAACUGUAGCUGCUUUCCUGGGUAUACUGGAAAUGUAUGCGAGAGUUAUGUCCCUUGUACAACUAAGCCAUGUUUUAACGAUGGAAUAUGUACCAAUUCCGGGACAUCAUUUCACUGUAAUUGUACACCUACCUAUGAAGGUUUACAAUGUGAAACCUACUCACCUUGUGGAAGGAACCCCUGUCAGAAUUCUGGUCUUUGUACUGAUGAUAACGGUUCUUAUAAAUGUUCAUGUGCUGUCGAUUACACUGGUCGUCACUGUGAAACAGCUAUCUACCCUUGUAUCAGAAACCCCUGUCAACAUGGAGGCUUAUGUGAGGAGUUAGGGGUGGGGUUAUAUUCAUGUAGCUGUCAAUCAAACUAUGUAGGUCGGGACUGUGAGAACUAUGUAUAUUGUGGCAGUAGCCCUUGUCAAAAUGGGGGCACCUGUCUGAACAAAGCUAACACUUUCCAGUGCUGGUGUUUAGAAGGUUUUACCGGGGACAGCUGUGAGAGUCGUUUGCCCUGUGGGGGCAGCCCUUGUGUCCAUGGGAAGUGUCGAGAAGGAACAUGCAUCUGUGAUGCAGGGUAUACUGGGCAGUCAUGUGACCAAGCCAAGACAACAUGCAGUCCAGACACUUGUAUUCACGGCAGCUGUAUAUCACAGAAUGGACACUUUGUCUGCAUCUGUAACCAAGGCUAUACAGGCAUCUCUUGUACCCAGAUAAAAGACCCUUGUAAAACUAACCCUUGUAAAAACGGCGGAUAUUGCCAGUCAGCUGUUGGAAUGACAACACACUCGUGUGACUGCCCAUCAGGUUUCACAGGGCCCAACUGUGAGACACGUAUCCAGCCAUGCUACUCCCAGCCCUGUUACAAUGGAGGUAGCUGUGUGGACAUGGUCGACAAUUAUAAAUGUCUCUGUACAGCAGACUUCAGCGGAAGUCGUUGCGAACAGGAGAUGAGCCCAUGUGAUCAGUCUCCCUGUCAGAACAAAGCUCAGUGUAAAGACACAAAUGGAACCUUUCAAUGUAUUUGUCCGCCAGGAUUUUCAGGAGUGCGAUGCGAGCUUGGUGUAAAUGACUGCCAGAGCCAACCAUGUCACAACCAUGGCGUGUGUAGUAUCUCGUCCACCGGGAUUGUAUGUAGCUGUCCACCAUCCUUCUCUGGGGUGUACUGCGAGACACUGGUGAGCUCCUGUGACCCAAAUCCAUGUCAAAGUGGUGGACAAUGUUCCAUGGAUGAGUACGGCAUGUUCUGUACCUGUCCAACUGGAGUGACUGGCUGGUUCUGUCAAAUUAAUGACAACUGUGCGGCAGAUAUGUGUAAUCAGCACGGUGACUGUUGGGAGGACAAAAGCAAAGUCAUUUGUGAUUGUCAACCAGGAUAUUCAGGAGAGUUUUGUGUGAAAAGCAUAGAGGGAUGCGAGUCGGACCCUUGUAAACGGGGCACCUGUUCAGAGGAUGCUACGGGGGCAUUCCAGUGUUCCUGUCCACCAGGGUUUGUGGGGAACAAAUGUCAGAGUCUGGAUCCUUGUGGGCCACACCUCGGUCAGUCAGUCUGUCAGAAUGGGGGCCACUGUCAGGUUGUAAAAGAUGACUAUCGAUGCAUGUGUCCACCUGGGUUCAAAGGUCAGCACUGUGAGUUGGCCUAUCAUGCAUGUUCUGGUACAAUUGCUCGCUGUCAGAAUGCUGGUAUUUGUAUAUUCAAUGUCUCGGCCAUAUCUUCCUACACCUGCACAUGCACACAAGAAUACACUGGUAGACAUUGUGAGACACCAUUCCAGUAAAAAUGGCAGGAAAGAUUCCCCAGAUAAUCAAAGGAGAAAGAAGACUGCUACCAUCUAUUAUUAUGUACUGUUAAUGCAAGACAUCUUUAGCAUAACAAGUAAA